AUGCCAGGCCAUAAAGUUAGUUUCAUGCAUAAAUUAUCUAUGACAAAUAGUGGAACGUUUAAACUAUUCGUAUUGAGACAUGGUCAGUCGGAAUUAAAUCACGAGAAUAUAUUCUGCGGGUGGAUCGAUGCCCAUUUGACUGAAAUGGGCAAACGCCAAGCAAGCAACUCAGCAAGUUUAAUAAAGGCGUACUGUCAACAGCACAAUAUAUCACUGCCUAAGAUUGGAUAUACUUCGAGACUUGUUCGCACCCAAGAAACGAUGGAGGUGAUGAUGAAGACGUUGGGUUUAGAUGCUUGUUUCCACGUGACCACAGCCUUGUUAGAUGCUCAAGAACAUGUGCGUAAAGCUAGUAGUGCAAACAUGAUUCCUAUAUUACAGACCUGGAGGUUGAAUGAGCGGCAUUACGGGUCAUGGCAAGGGCUACGUAAACCUGAGGUGUUGGAGCAGUAUGGCAAGGAUGAGUACAACUUUAUCAGACGUAACUAUUAUGGACGGCCACCAGAUGUUGAUCUGUCAAAGGAGAUGGUUCAAGAGAACGAUGAGCAAGGUCCUGUGACGGGUUACCACUUCAAGGAACCAAACAGGAAGCUCAAGUAUACAGAAGAAACUGCCGAGCGGAUACAAUUCCCUCAGAGCGAAUCGUUAUGCGAUGUUGUUCGCAGACUGACGCCAUUUUUGGUUGAAAUAAUUCUGAGGUUCGCGAAACAGUACGGGGGAAGCGCCAUCGUAGUGGGACAUGGAAGUUCUGUGCGUUCCAUAUUAAAGGUAUUGCAGAAUCUUUCUGAUGAUGAGAUUAAAGAUGUGGAGAUACCAAACGGAGUUCCGUUAUUACUCGAGCUGGAUCUACAGGACAAUUCCGUCGUGAAGCACUUUUAUUUGGAUCCUGAACUAGCCAAGGAUGAAGGAAAGCGUCGUGAGAGCAGAGUAACAAAAGAGUAA